AAGAAAGCAGACAGUUUCAUUUAGUUCCAGUCAGCGUGCAGACAUGGAGCUCUGGACGGGAUUAUAUCUUGUGAGCUUCCUCAACGUGGCACGCUGUUUGCUCGAAUCGUCCUACACUGUUCAUUUGAACAAACUCUCAUUCGAAAAUGCUCAGAAUUACUGCAAACCUGGAAGUUUCUUGACCAACAUUCCAAAUGAGAAGGAGAUGGUGAAGAUUCUGAAAACAAUCUGGGAUAUGAACAACAAAACCACCACGUCAUUUUGGAUUGGACUAAAGAAGGAUAAAGGCACUUGUGUUGAACAGCGUUUGCCUCUUAAAGGAUUCUUCUGGACGGUGGACAACAGCACUCAAUCUGAUGUUAAUACCUGGAAAACCAAUCCUUCUAGUACUUGCGCAUAUCUUCUCUGUGGGCUGCUUUCAGUGGAAUAUAGUGACUCUGGUGCAAAAAGCAAUGGGUAUGUGGAUACCACCUGCAGACAGGAACAUCCUUUCAUUUGCAAACGAAACGUCAAGCUGGUAUGUCCUCGUCCAGAAAUACUCAGCACACAUGACAUGAUUGAGCCAUCAAAUGAUCCGUACACACGUCAGAUUGUUUGCCCUUCUGGUACCAUGUUCAAUCUGACAUGCUCCAAAGAUCUAGUUUGGACUCUGGUCGGCAGCAAAAAUGUGGAUAUAUCGCAACUCUGCCUGGAGUGCCAAAAAGGCUACAGGAGGGAUGCAUCUGGAGGCUGUGUGGAUGUAAACGAAUGUGACGAAUCCAAACCAUGUGAGCAAGGAUGCCUGAACACCGAAGGCUCUUACAAAUGUCUAUGUUCGUACAAUGACGAUGGCAUUUGUAAUGGAUCGUCAAAGCCGCCCACCACCAAUCAGAAAAACAAUGAAUAUUCAAGCAUAAACAGGGGCAAAUCUAUGCCAACUCAACCUACGUCUCUGCCUGAUGAUGUCAGAAUAAAUGAGAAGAGCAAGAGCGCUGGAGACAUUUCAAAUAUCGUAGUACCUGUGAUUAUAGCUCUGCUGAUUUUCAUAGUGCUGCUGGUGAUUGUGGCGGCCAUCGUGAAAGGCUGCCUGAGGAGGAGAACCAUAAAACUGGCCCGGAGGAAGGUGGAGGCUGUGGCUCUGAAUGGAUCCAGCUCCAUGGAGAAGGUGAAUGAAAAAGAGGAAACCUAAGUGGGAGAGACUGUGAAAAUGUAAAAGAUAAUUCAAUGUGACACAUGCAGACUACAGAGGGUGCUUACUACAAGAUAUUCCUCUCUCAGAACAUUUGGGUGUGAGGUCUGGAGUCACAAGAGUGCUGUGUAAUUACUGCCUUUGAAUUUAAUUUGCCAUUUCGUCUCACGGUUGAAAUCAGGGUCUUUAUUCCGAUGUGGAUUUAGAAAUCCUAUCUAGGUCACAUCGACGGUAAUUAGAUUUAUGAGAAGCGUACUCUGUAUUUGUUUACUCUUUCAUAUUUAAAUGCACCUAUGUGGAGAUUAUAAGAACUGUAGAAGAUAUUGUGUUAAUAUUGCAAUUGGAUGUGUUUUCUAAUGAUAUAUUUCUAUGUUUGGCAACAUGAAAGUUUUAUAAGUGUCUUUUUAACUGAAGAGUUAUAUAAAUAAAGACGGAUAUUUAAGCAGCUGUA